GCAUGUCUGAGAAUGAGACGAGGAACUACAGUUACAGUGUUGACGGAACGGGCCUCCCGAAACAAGGGAAUCACAAAUAAUUUUUAAAGCGACAUUAAGAUCACUCAGAUUCGAGGAAGCCAUUGCCAGACAAAGGCCUCCCUGCCUUGUCCCCCUCCCCUCGGCCUGCCCUUCUGCCACCCUCCAGUUCCCCCUUCCCUCAUGCUGUGGAUGAAGCAGCUCCACUGCCAGCCUGAUGACUGCCUGGAUCGUUCUGCCUGUCAGCUUGUCUGCCUUCUCCAUCACUGGAAUAUGGAUAGUCUAUGCUAUGGCUGUCAUGAACCACCAUGUUUGUCCAGUAGAAAACUGGUCAUACAAUGUCACAUGUACAGAGGAACCCUCUAAACCAGGCUUUCCAAAGACAUGCUGCACCAUUCAGGAUAUCCCCCUCAUCAGUAAAUGUGGGUCCUUCCCUCCUGAAAGCUGUCUAUUCAGCCUGAUUGGCAACGUGGGAGCAUUCAUGGUGGUGAUGGUGUGCCUUUUGCGCUAUGCUCAGAUGAUUGAGCAUGGCCACGGCUGCUGGAUCAACACCGGCGGCCUGGUGGCUGGAUUCGGCAACGCCGUUGGCUUAGUCAUGGUGGGGAAUUUCCAGGUGGACCAUGCUAAGACUCUCCACUAUGUGGGGGCUGGUGUGGCAUUCCCAGCCGGAAUGGUGUUCGUGUGCCUGCAGUGUCUGCUCACCUAUCGGGUGGCCCUCACUGCCCUGGACUACUGGAUGGCACAUGUACGGGUUGGCCUGACUGUGGCCGCUCUGGUUUCACUCGUCCUCAGUGGUGCUUUCUUCAUCCACGAGAGCUUUGUGCUGCAGCAUGCAGCAGCCAUCUGUGAGUGGGUCUUCACUGUGGACAUCCUCGUCUUUUAUGGCACCUUCACCUACGAGUUCGGCACCGUCACCAGCGAGACCAUGAUGGCCGGCCUGCAGCGCGGCUGCCACCAGAGCGCCAGCAUGAUCCUGGGCGGGAGCGAGCGGCUAGGGGGCCUCGGCAGCGGGAGCGCCAAGGGCCUCAAGUCCCCCGGGGGGAGCAGCACCUCCACCCACCUGAACUGCACGCCAGAGAGCAUCGCCAUGCUGUAGGUCGUCGUCCCACCUUUGUCAACCCUGGUCACAUGUCCGUCGGAACGUACGCCGCUCCUGUGGAGGUGACCGGUGCUUUUUAGAUGAAAUGGACCAGGAGGGAGAAAACGAGGAAG